UUCUUUCUAGAAAACUUGAACUUUCUGGACUGACGUUUGUCCUGGUUGGUGUCGGUGCUGUUGGAAUCGCUCGGAAGUGUUUUCGCCCUUGACCAAUAUCCGCACUCCUGCACUGAGUUCGGCGUUGGUCCUACCGCAGUUUUCAUUUUAACUCAAAGGCUCUCGCAAUAUUAAUAUUCAGUGUUGUUCAUCAAUCUUUGUGCCGUGUUACGUCAAGUGCGUGCGCUGGUAAAUCGCUGAUCGUAUCUAAUUUCAAUCAGGAGACCCGAACACCCUUGAUCUUGGAGAGGACGAUCCAGGAGUGCGCGAGUGUUUCGAAUCUUGCAUCAUCUCGUUCCGAACAGCUGGUCGCGCGCACGAUUCGAUAGAACCGGAAGAACCAUCGGGGACGUAUCUCUUUGCUUUGUACUCUGAUCAGGAAUCCGACGUAAAAAAACCAGUGAUAGCUUGAAUUCGUGUCCGAAAACUUUAACGCUUUCGAGGAUCAACAAACGUAACAAAAGUGGCAGUUGCGUCCAUCGUAAAACCGAUACCCGACAACUUUUCUGAAUACUUGAAUUCUAUCGCGGAGUGUCGGUCGCAACUACUUAAAUAACCAGUGCAGAUCGGAAUAAGAUGCUCUGAUCAUCGUACCUCGAUUUAGGUUAGUUCGGCCAUGCAGUGCUCGCCCACCGCCUCGACGGUUGCCGGCCGAAGCGGACUGCCUCUUGGAGCCUGAAGAGACAGGAGAGUCCUCGGGGAUGAAGUGAGGUCGGAACCGCGAGACGCGAUGGCCGAACUGUGCGGUAGUUUGCCGCGGCGGCACGGGCGCCGUCGCUCGAGGCGCAGCAGGAGCCGCCACGCCAAGCGGAGUCGCUCGGCGAACACGACGAACACGUCGAACAUGACGAGCAUGAACGCCCGCGAAGAGGUGAACGUCGCCGAGGAGGUGGCCAAGCUCCGCGCCGAGUACGACGCCUCCAUGACGUCACUGCGAAACACGGAUUCCAACUCGAACGUGCUCGCUGCCCCUGAAACGCCGGACGGCGAGCGAAGGCCGUGUCACGUCAAAGGCCCGGUAUCCGGCGAUCUGCAAAAGACGCCCAGGAAGGAUGUUGACGUAGCUGGGAACGGUUCCCUGGAAUCCACCUGCCCAAAUAAGACUGAUACUCGUUUUAACCUCGGCGAAACCGAUAAGACUGAAUGUUUGAUCCCGAAAAGCGCGAGUCUCGUGAAACAAGUCGAGGCUCUCAGAACGUCUGUGAUGGAUAAGUGUGAACCCCUAGUCAAUGGCAUGUCUUUCAAAAGCGCCCUCGAGAGCCGGAAGGAAGCGCCGAAGAGCUUCGAGGUGGACGAAAGGAAACCGCCGGUGAUCUACUCGAGGAAGAACUCUUUGCUCAACGAUGAUAACAGCGCUCGGGCUCCGAAAGGCGACGCGGAUUGGCGUCGGAGUUCGAUCGGGGAUAAACACCACCCGAAGAACGAUGCGCCGACGGAUAGGAAAUUCUCUCAAUCCAGAGAGAGGUAUUUCGUUCGGAGGAACUCUUUGCCGAGGGAGGACGUCUCCUCGAGGAGAAAUUCCUUGUCCCAAGAUGAAACUUGCGGCAGGAAGAAUUCGUUCAGCAAGAGCGAGUUUUCCUCCAGGAGGAACUCUUUCACCAAAGCUGACUACGAAAGAAGGAACUCGGAGAAAUCCUACGCCAGGAAAAAUUCGUUCUCGAAGGAAGACAAGUCAUCGCGGAAAAACUCGUUUUCUCAAAAUGAGCCGCUCGCGAAAGGAAGCAAAGAACCCAAUAGCAGGAGAGGCUCUUUUUCUGACAACCCGCAGUCCUUCAGGAAGAACUCGUUCUCGAGAAAUGAAGGCCCCCCGAAGAAUGACGAGUUCGGAGGGAGGCAGCGAAUCGUUUAUGCGAGUAAGCCCUUUAAGAAAGAUUCGCCCAACACCAACUCGAGAAGAAACUCAUUCUCUAAUGCAGGUCCGUACAUCAGGAAGAACUCCUGGUCCCAGAGCGAUCACUCAUCAAGGAGUAAAGAACUGGAGCAGCAAAUCCAGCAUGAACAUCAGACCAAAGAUAGUAGCGUUGAGCAAAAUUCCAAAUAUUCAUCUAGAUCAGAUAACUAUUACCAAUCUGGUGAAGGCUCGUGUUCUAACAAUGAGCAAUCUCCAAAAAAAAUUUCCUCGCCUGAAAACGAACUGAGGGGAUCGGAACUAUCUCCCGAAGGCGAACUUAAUUCCGGAGGCGGUAAGACAAAGGACACUCACACUUCCUCCACUUCAAGUAACAGUGUGUCCUCAUUGACAAGUAACUCUUCUCAUAAAAUCACAAGUGAAAGUCUGGAACCCUCAGGCCCUAACAAAUUUGACGUUAGAAAUGAUGUGUUAAGUAACCCUCAAAGUGCCCAUCAAACUGAAACCUCAGUGAUCAAUGGCUCCCGGUUGAGUCUUAAAGCAGUGCCCUCCGUUGAACAUGACUUUAACGCAACCAUCAGAAGCGUACACCUAACGGUAGUCUCUCCAAACUUAUGUCACAACUCUAGUAAUGUUUCUGCGAGUUGUAUCUCGCCAGAGCAGGAUAAUCUAACCAGCCAAAUUGGAAACACUGCGCUCAAUAAUCCAAAUCCUGCAUCAGCUACUUUGAUUCCGCACAGCCUUCAUUUUUCAUCAAUGGCACCUGGUCAUCAUUCAGUGCUGCCUGGUGCCAUCCAGGAGCCGGGAAAAAAUGAAAGUAUCAUGUCUGAUCAGAAGACAGCUACUGCACCAGGAAAUGCCUCAUUACAGUCAAAGAAUAACAGAUUUGGCUCUGUCGCUGAAUUUAAGGGAAGUGCGAAUGAAUUAUCUGGCACAUCUAAUCCUUCGGAAUCUGCUCAUAAUUACUCCGAAACAAAGAUCAGUGAGAGAAAUUCUGACAGAAGGCCAAGUGCAUCUGCUGCUCUUAGCAAUGGUCUUACCAUUCGCAUGAAUUCGACCGAGGAGCCACGUGAACUUAACUCUACGAGGAGUGUAGUCAAAGAUGUGACUUAUAAUCCCUCAUUAGUUGAAGUAUGUAAAAAUAUUUGCGAGGAAUUUUCUGCCUCCAUUGAUCCCCUUGGCACGAGUUUCAACACAGUUUCCGAAAAUGGCCUAAGUGAAUCAGGUCAAUGGAGUCCAACAAAUCCUGUGGGCAAAAAGAAAUAUCCCAAAGACUUCCUCCUCUCUCUGGCUGAUAUGCCGCAGUGUAGGAUCCAACCAAAUCUGCCUAUGAACGUGCGGGUUUCUGUUGAAAAGGUUUCUGGUGGUGGUUCAGGUGGAGGCCCCAGUAUGUAUCGACCAAAGAUUGAUGAGCUGUAUCCUUUCUCCAAGGGCAGUUCACAAAGUCCUAGGAUAUCUCAACAUAGUGCAUAUCCCUUCCCUUCAAUUACGAAGAGGCCUAGUCAAAACCGUGGUAUGAACAAAUCCAAUAAAAUUCAGUUAUCCUUAUCACUGCAUGAAGAUGUUAAACUCAAGGAAACUGAAAACGCAUGGAAACCUGUCAAGCUGGCCAAGAAAACUAAUGUAGAUAUGAACUCUGAAGAAAAGAAAACAGAGGAACUCUACAACAAAGUUAGAAGUAUAUUGAACAAGCUGACGCCGCAAAAAUUAGACACUCUAGUCAACCAAAUUAAAGAUUUACCAAUCAACAAUCCUGAACGAUUAGGAGGAGUAGUAGAUUUAAUUAUCAAGAAG